AUGGCAGAAUUACUUGCAGAUGUCGAAAUUGUUACACCAGGAGGAGAGAAAAUUUUGGGCAGUGAACUUCUUAAAGACACUAUUGUUGCAUUGUAUUUUACAGCUAGUUGGUGCCCACCAUGUCAAAAAUUUACUCCAAAACUAAAGAAACUUCAUGAUAAAUUACGUCAAUUAAACAAACCAUUCACUGUUGUUGUUGUAACAAAAGACAAAGAACAAGACUUGUAUGAAGAAUAUUGUGAAGAAAAAAUGGGAACUUUUAACUAUCUUGAAUUUGGCAACCCAAAACACAAAGAGUUACUAGAAAAAUACGAAAUCAAAACAAUUCCCGCUAUGAAGAUUAUUAAAAGUGAUGGCACUGUUGCUGUUAAUGACGGCGUUACAGAUGUCAGAGAGAAAGAGGACAAUCCAGAAGAAUUAUUUGACGAGUGGGAAGCUUUUGCUUCUAUUUAA